AUGAUAAUAAAGGAAAGAAAUAAUACUUAUAUAGAAAGAAAAGAAAAAGUAAAACAUCAGAAAAAGAAAAAGGAAAAGGAAAAAAAGGAAAAUGAAAAAUUAGAAAAUAAAAAAAAAGAUAAUAUAAAGAAAAAAAAUGAUAUGAAAAAAAAAAAUGAAAUAGAUAUUAAGAAUAAAAAUGAAGUAGAUAUUAAAAACAAAAGCGAUACUGAUACAAAAAAUAAAAAUGAAAAAGAAUAUGAUGAGAAAAAAAAAAAAAUAGAAAAUGAUAUAAAAGGUAAAAACGAGAAUAAUGAAAAAAAAAAUCAUAUUUUAAAAAAUACAACAUUGAUUGAUACAUAUAUAAUAAAUGAAGAUCCAAAAAAAUUAGGAGAUGAAAAAAUACAUCAUAAAAAUUUUAAUUCAUUAAUAAGAGUUGUAAAUAUAGAAUUAGAAAAAAAUAUAAAAAAUAUAAUAGGAAUAGAUUUUUGUGAUGAACUAAGUAGUAUAAUUUUUAAAAAUUUCCAUUCUGUUGUCAUAAAAAAAAAUUACUUAUUUUCACUUUUUCAAAAAUAUAUGGGCACUGACGAAUUAAUUAUAAUAAAUAACUCUCUAACUGACUAUAAAAUUGAUGAUCUUUUAAUUUUUAGAAAUACUCAAAAGUACUACAAAAAAAAUUAUGCACUAGUUGUAGAUGAGAAAAUAUUCUCUUACUUCAUAAAGAAAGAUAAAAAUGCUGAAAUAAAUUUAGAUGAAAGUAAAAAUAAAAAUAACAGUAUAGUUGGUUCUAAUAAAAAAGAAGAAUUGAAUUGUAUUUUUAUAAAACCAAAAGAAUAUAUUUCAUUGAAUGAAGAAGAAAUUGAAAAUGAAAUAAGAUUAACAAAUAUAAUAGAAAAUAGAAAAAAAUUUAAAAAAUAUAUAUACAUUAAUAAAAAGAAAAAAUUAUUUAUAAAACCUGAAUUUAUGGAAAAAGAUGAAUUCAUCAGCAUUAAAAAUAAUAUAACACCUAAUUCAGUGUUAAAAGAGAAAACUUUAGAUUUUUUUUCAAAAAAUUCAAUUAUACUUCAAAGUAAAGGUUGUCAAACAUAUCAAACAAUAUAUAAAAGUUUAGGAACACAAUAUAAUAUAGAAUUUUUAAAAAAGAAAAAGGAAGAAAUAUUAAAAUCCAAUAAGUUACAUAAAUUUCUUUGUAAAUUUUUUCCAAUUAUUGAAAAAUCUAUAAUAGAAAAUUUAAUCUUAUCACAGAAAGAGGAACAAAAAAAUAAACAGAGCAAUGAUAUUUCCCCAUUUAAAAAUAUAAAAUAUUUAAAUAAAAUAUUUAUAUAUACAGACGUGAAAUAUACAACAGACAAAGUUGUUUUAUUUACAUUUUAUUUAUCUUUAAUAAAUUAUUUAAUAUUUAUAAUAUACGUAAAUAAUUAUAAAAAUAAUAAUUUUAUUGAGGGAGUUAACACAGAUAGUUACAUUCUGGUUUGGUGUUAUAAUAACUACAUAAAUCCAUUAUAUGCUUUAAUAUCUCCAUAUCAAAUUUCGAGUGUUGCUGUAAAUGAAAAGGAUUAUAAUUUGGUUAUUGCUGGAUGUAGUAAUGGAUUGCUAGUCAUUUGGAAAUUACCUGAAAAUUUUUAUGGAAAAUCUAUUUUAGAUUCUAAAAUAAAUGAAAAAACAAUUGAUGUAGAACCAUAUUUGUUUAGUAGUAUUGAACAAUCACAUAAAAGAGAAGUAACCUCUCUUAUAUUUUUAAAAGACAAAAACUUGAUAAUAUAUGAAAAGAAAAUAUCUUUUAGUUAUCAAAAAAAUUACCAUUUAUUAGUUUCGAUCUCUGUUGAUGGAACAAUUUUAAUAUGGGAUGUAACAAAUAUUGAAAUAAUUGAAGUAAAAAAUAACAUGAAAAAAAAGGAAAAAGAACUUACUGAUGAAUUGUAUAGCUUUAAACCAAUUUUUAAGAUAACUACUACUAGACCAAAUACGGAAUAUUCUUUGGGAUUUACAUAUCUUCAUUUUAUAGAGAUUAAUCAAAAUGUUUCAUCAUUUUUCGCAUUUUCAGAAGAAGGAGAAUAUAUAAUUGGAAAUUUGUAUGGAUGUAUGCAAAAAGAGAAAAACUAUUCUAUUAUCAACAAAAUAAAUGAUGAUUAUAAAAAUUAUAAGACAUUGUUAUGUGUAAAGAGAAAUAAUAUCUUGAAAUAUUUAAUUCUAACUUUAACUGAUACAAAUUUUUAUUUAUGGAAAGAAAAUGAAGAACACCCUUUGUAUAUUUCUCCCAAGAGUAAUGAAAUUUAUUCUUGUUGUGAAUUUAGUCAAACAAAAAUUAGUGUAAUAUUUAUAGGAAAAAUAAAUGGACAAAUUGAAAUAUGGAAUUUAUUAGAUCAAAAAAAUCAUUAUAUAUAUUCAUUAACUAUUAGUAGUUAUAGCUUAACAUGCAUAAGUAUUUUUCAAAAUUAUGACUCUACUUUAUUUAAAAGCUUAGAAAAAAAAACGAAACCAGUAAAAAUUGAUGAUAUUGAUAUUAUUUAUGAAAAUUGUGAUGAAAUUAUAGACACAAAUGAAUAUUUAAUGAGUAAAAAUGAAGAUGAUAUUUUUAAGUAUGCCUACAACAAGAUUAUAAUUGGAGAUUCUAGUGGAUGUGUUUUUGUUUAUGAAAUUGAAGAAAAUUUAUUGAAUUCAUCAAAAGAAGAAAUUAGAGAAUUUUCACUAUGGAUAGAAAACAGAAUAUAUGUGAAUAAACAAAAAUUAAAAAGACAAUUAGAAUUAUUUGAGGAAAAGGAAAAAAUGUUAAUGAAAGAUGAAAAAAAAACAAAUGAAAGGAAAGAACAAUUAAAAACUAAACUUGAAGAAGAUUAUAAAAAUAUAUUAGAGAAAUAUAAAAGCUAUUUAUUAGGUCAAAAAAUAUAA